GGCGCAUGCACUUUGGAAGCACUGAUCACCGAAUGCCAUCGCCUCCAAAACCUCAAGCACGACACCGCCAUGGUGGAACACAAGCCGGUAAGCUCAGUCUGCGCGGUCAAGCAAGAUCGGGACAAGCCUUCACCGACGACGGGUUCCAGCUCCAGCGACAGCCAGUCAACGAAAACACAGUCCGUCCUACCACCAUCGCCCUGCUGGUGCUGUGGCGACAUGCAUUUCGUUCGAGACUGCGCCUACAAACAGCACGUCUGCCAGGACUGCAUGCAGACCGGCCACAAGGAAGGUUACUGCAACUGCGUGCCCAAGAAGUCCAAGAACAAGCAGCAGACGAACGUCAACAGCCUGUAUGCCGCCAACCGGGUCAACCCUACCUCGAAGCGUAAGUUCCUGACGGUGAGCAUCAACGGUUCUCAAGCAUCUCUGCAGUUCGACACUGGCUCGGACAUCACAGUGAUCUCGCGGAAGCAGUGGUGCGACAACAUGGAUUCACCGCCGCUGUCUCCCACCAAGCAGAUUGCCAGAACAGCCUCUGGUAAGUCACUGUCCCUACUCGGUGAGCUCCGAUGCCAAGUCACACUCGGAGGCAUCACCAGAACCGGAACUUUCUACGUGACUGACAAGCAGAUCAACCUGUUCGGUCUCGACUGGAUCGAGCUUUUUGAGCUGUGGGACACUGGAAAGGUCAACCGCGUCAAGCAACAGCGUUCUCUUGCAGUCAAAUCGCAAGGGGAGGCAAACAUGAAAACAGGUCUAGGUCCGACUGAUGCAGCUUCCAGCCCGUCCGAAUCCACGGCAUGGCACGAAGAACAUCUCCGCUGGUACUGUUCACAAUAUCUCGCCGCAUGAAGAUGGCGAGCGAUCCGGAUCACACCAAGUCGCACCCUGUGCUGGUCUUAAGGGGGAGAUGUUGCACACCCUGGACUAACGAAGCAACCCAUUCAAGCAAUCGAAGCAACCAUCAAUCAAUCAAGCGAUCAUUCUACUUCUGACACUCGAACA